AUGGAUUACGAUAUGGACAGUUCUGCUCCUGCAUCAGUGUUACAGGAAGGCUCCGAAUCCCAUCAAGAGCAAGACCCCCCUGUCAACUCGGCUCUUCUCGGAUUUCAAGAGAGCCUCAGGAAGUCUUUUGCAUCCUCCGCUUCGGCGUUAUCAGACUUGUCAGACCUCUCAUCUCUUCCUUCCUCGCCGUCCUCUAGUAAAGCAACAACACCUAUAAAUACGGAUGACUCAAAAGAGCCAUUAGAAGUGCCUCUGCAGACGACCAAACUCGACACAGCGGUUCCGCCAGCCAAGACAACUACGGCAAGGCAAACGUUCAACGUGCGGCCCAAAGUGUCGAUACCGACAGAUGUGGCGCCAUACGAUUAUGCGCACCAAUGCAUCGCAGCUGCCGAACACUCGAGACUCAAUCCAUAUGCCUUGCAUCAAGAAGAAUAUCCGAUGCUGCGGGAACACAUCAGCCAUGCUCAAGUCACCACAUAUUUGAACAUCCGCAACGGUAUUUUGAGAUUAUGGACGAAUAAUCCGCGAAUAGGCGUGGCACGUGAAGAGGCAAUUGGCUGCGCAAAAGACCCCAGAUGGUUCGAUGCGGCCAAUGUCUGCUACGAAUGGCUCCUUCGUCGGGGAUAUAUCAACUAUGGCUGUGCUGAAGUCCCCUCGUCCAAGACACGCCCUAAGAAGGCAGAAUUGCGGCGAAGGGGAAAAAUAGUGGUGGUCAUUGGAGCAGGCAUGGCUGGUCUUGGGUGUGCAAGACAACUCGAGGCUCUCUUCCAGCAGUAUGCUUGUCAAUUUCAAGAAAUGGGCGAGGAACCUCCUAGAGUCGUGGUGCUCGAAGGCCGGAGUCGAAUAGGUGGCCGUGUCUAUUCAAGAGCCGUCGACGGCAGCCAAUGCCAACGUCUGAUAGGUUUCCAGGGUAAGCGACAUAGCGUUGAAUGUGGCGGCAUGAUCAUCACGGGAUUCGAGCGUGGCAACCCCUUGAACAUCCUUGUACGAGGGCAGAUGGCAUUGCCAUAUUAUGCAUUACGACCAGAGACAACACUUUACGAUUCAAAUGGCAAAGCUGUCGACCCGAAUCGAGACCUGCUUGUCGAAAAGCUUUACAACGAUUGCCUCGAACGGGUGAGCGACUACAAGUUCAAGAACCCACCGUCGAAGCUCAUUGAAGGUAACAAGGAUCUGAUGGACGAGGGCCGGGAUAGUGCCUCAGAGGGGAACAAAACCAUUGCGCAUGUUGAAGAAGCAAUGGCGGCUAUGCCACAAGCACCGCCUGUAUCGGAACAAAGUCUAGCUCCCCAGGUGAACCUCGUUCCGGUUUCGACAGACCGCGCGACUGGAAAGACCCACGUUGAGCCGGGAACUGCUGCUGCUCUGAAGGCAGCCUACAAGGCCAAACAGAUGGGAUGGGCACUCCAAGAAGGUGUCACCGAAGAUCAUGACCUGGAACUUGAUGCGGCAGCGAAAGGUGCGGAUACUACGCUUGGUUCCCUCAUGGACGAGUCGAUUUCCCAGUAUAGGAAUAUCAUUGAACUUACAGCGCAGGACUAUCGACUCAUGAAUUGGCACAUCGCCAAUCUCGAAUACAGCAAUGCCACCAACUACAAUCAGCUGAGUCUCAGUGGAUGGGACAUAGACGCCGGCAACGAGUGGGAGGGCAAACACACAAUGGUUGUCGGUGGGUACCAAAGUGUGCCCUGGGGACUGGCUCAGUACCCAUCGCAGUUGAACAUCCGCAAGGACAAAGCAGUUAAGAAGGUCAUUUACGACCCCGACGCCAAAGGAGCCGCUAGAGUCGAGUGCGAAGAUGGCAUGUCCAUUGAAGCGGAUUAUGUUGUGUCGACAAUCCCGCUUGGCGUUCUAAAGCAUGGAAAUGUCGAGUUUAACCCACCUCUACCUUCAUGGAAGACGGAUGCCAUUGGCCGACUUGGCUAUGGCAUCCUGAACAAGAUCAUUCUGGUUUACCAGGAGGCUUUCUGGGAUACGAGCCGGGAUAUCUUCGGCGUGUUGCGGAACCCACCAUCUCGCCACAGCCUAAAACAGAGCGAGUAUACUUCACAGCGUGGCCGCUGCUUCCAGUGGUUUAACGUAUCCAACACGAGUGGGAUCCCAGUCCUCCUGGCUCUCAUGGCCGGCGAUGCCGGCUUCGACACAGAACAUACUAAGAACGACGACCUGGUUGGCGAAGCCACCGAGGUUCUACGCAGUGUGUAUGGCGGUAAAGUGCCGCAACCCGUACAUGCUGUCGUUACGCGUUGGGGAUCAGACAAAUUUGCUCGCGGUGCAUACUCCUCGGCGGGGCCAUUAAUGAAGCCCGACGAUUACGAUACCAUGGCUCGCUCGGUAGGCAAUCUCAUCUUCGCUGGAGAGCACACCACUGGCACGCACCCGGCGACUGUGCAUGGCGCCUAUCUUUCAGGACUUCGUGCUGCGUCUGACGUACUCGAUGCUAUGCUUGGGCCUAUUCAAAUUCCCACCCCUCUUAUUAUACCCAGGGAGACAUCCCUUCACUCGUCAGCCAACGCAGUUAAGCGCAAGGCGCCAGGUAAUGAUAGAGCUCGCCUCUCUCCGAGAGCAUCCAAACAAGCACGUAUCGAAGCACACGAGAUUGCCUCAUACCAGCAUAUCGUAUCCAAGAUCGGCGAACGCCCCUGGCGCCCGCAAAAGGUCGCCGGGAACGCCUAUCUACUCUACAGCAAAGCCAAUUUUGAGGCGGCGCGCAAACGAUGCGAAGAAGGCAGACGUCCCGGCAAGGGCAAGCCCAAUCCGAACGAAGUCCGAGUCAUGACGAGCAAGAUGUGGAAAGAAGCUCCGCCAGAGGAGAAGAGCCCCUUCGAGGACCAGGCCAGGGACCAGAAGAAAGUAUACGGCGAGAAACUGCGGGAAUGGGAACAAGCUGUGAAGGACUGGGAUAUCAAGGCGCUGGGAAUUAGACAGGCCUGGGAAGCGGACGGGAACCGGCUCGUCCUCGAGGAUGACAGCUUAGCCGACAGUUUCGGCAGAGAACGAAGAGGCCAAAAGGUCAGCACGUACGCUGAGAGUGACAGCAGUGACAGCAAUGACCUUGAAAUGGAGGAUUAG